CUCUCUUCUUCAAGAGCUAACUUCUCUGUUAUUUCUCUUCCUUUAAAGAGUAAUAUUUACCACUAUGGCUCCGAGAGAAAGGCCCAGCAACCCGCCGGCUAACCCGAACCUGAGAUCGAACUCCAUGGAGAUCCGAUACAGAGGCGUGAGAAAGCGCCCCUGGGGUCGCUACGCCGCCGAGAUCCGCGACCCGGGGAAGAAAACCCGUGUCUGGCUCGGCACAUUCGACACUGCAGUGGAGGCAGCGCGUGCCUACGAUGCGGCCGCGCGUGAGUUUCGUGGCGUGAAAGCCAAAACCAAUUUCCCCACCCCAAAGGAGACCACCUUCACGCGCAGCCCCAGCCAGAGCAGCACCGUGGAGUCGUCCUCACCUCCGCUGCCUUCUCAACCGUCGUCUCAGGCGGUAGACUUCAACCAAAUGAGCCUCGGGGUGGGGUGCUACCCCGUCGCGGUUGGACGUCCGGUUUUGUUUUUCGACGUGUUCUCACGCGACUCGUGCAGGUUUGAUCGUCCAGUGGGGACCGCCCAGAGUGACUCGGAUUCGUCAUCCGGUGUCGUCGAUUACGAUCAUCACCACAGUUCGGAGAGGACAUUGGUGAAUCUAAAUCUUGAUCUUAACCUCCCUCCCCCACCCGAAGUUGCAUGAGUUUUGUUGGGUAUUUUAGUAGUUUGAUAACUGACAGGUUCGGAUGAAGAAGAUAAUGGAUAUUUGUGUAUAUAGUAACUGAAGAGCGUCAAGAUUGGGUCGAUCUUCCUAUUUUUGCAACGGAAAAAAUUUCUAUGAAAAGUUUUCUUAGUGUUGUUUUGACGAUGAUUGUCAGUACGUAUCAGUCAUCUGUUUUGAUAUUUCUAUAAAUCAAAACCGAGAGAAUAUUUCUUAUUUAUCAGUUAUCACUAUGUCUUUAGUGGAAGGCUUGUUUAUCAGUGUAGCUCUUGUUUCGUUGCCUGGAAAAUCAACAAAAAAGAUACAACCUGAGAAAGAUUUUUACACCAUCAGGCUUGAAGUCAAAUACGUACACUCCCGGAUAUGAAAUAAGAUAUUACAAUUUCAAUCUUUUA